UGGACGGCCAUGCUCACUGCUUACACCUUUCAUGGCAAUGGAUCCAAAGCUCUCGAGCUCUACGACAAGUUGGUCGGGCAGUCGAUCCAGCCGGACAGCGUGGUGCUGCUCAACGUAAUCCACGCCAGAUCACUGGUCGGGGACAUUGGCCUCACGAGAAAGCUCCACGCUCACCUUGCUUCCUCCAGCUUCAUGCUCAAGAUCCAGAUCCAGAAUGUGCUCAUCAACAUGUACGCACGGUGCGGCAGCCUGGAGGAGGCAAGAUACAACGAGGAAGCGAUUGCAUUGUUCUCAGAGAUGAAGGCUGAGAACUCGAGGACCAUGGAGUCGGGCUCGAGUAGCUCGGUCUCUGUGAGCUCGGACUCUAGUUUGUACACAAAGAGUGUGAAGAGCUCGGACUCCAGUAACACCUUGGCCUCCACCAUCUCGGACUCGAUUCUAAAGCCUGAUUGCAUCAUGGCCGUCGCCAGCCUGGGCAAGCUCGCCGAGGGGCAGCGCAUCCACACCGAGCUAUGCAUUGCGAAUUGGGAGAUUCUCGCGGGAUCCACAACCAACAUCACCCUGGGCAAUGCACUGGUUUAGCAUGUACGCGUGCUGCGGCAACAUGGGAGAUGCUGCCGCUGCGAAAG